UUGCGCAAUAGUUGAUAACUAUAUUCCAUGCGGUCUCUAUUAUAGUCGAUAACCCAGGCCUAGAGCCUGCGAGCGAUCCGGUGAUCCAGUCACGAUGUUUGGCAGCUCGCGAAGGCAUCGGCCUCCCAACCCUCCUUUAAACUCGGCGACUGCAAACCCAAAUGCUGCAUCAGCCGCCGCAACCGCCUUCAUGUCCGCCUCAAACCAGAAGCCUAGUAGAUCGUUGUCGUCGGCUGCCGCGGCGGCAGCACUACGGGCGCGUCCUCACACACCGACAAACGUAGGUGAGGUUCAGACGAAACGGACGAUGCGUCGAAGUGCUUCGGUGUCCUCGGCAGGUAGCGCUAGUACGGGUACCGCCGGUUCGCGCCCGACUGCGCAACUUCAGAGAAAGGGUAGCUCGGGAAGCAUGACGGAACGGUCCUUUCGGAGUCCUUCGCCUCAUCGAGCCGGUUCGAUACACGCACCAGAAGAGCAUCCUCCAGUUCCACAAAUCCCAGCGGGUCAUAAGAAAGCGGCGAGCGUAGCUUCGUCAGGGGUAGGGAUGCAGUCUUUCCGGACCGCAUCUCAGAAGAUGAAGGUUGGACAUUCAUCAUGGUAUACGGAACCAACAGGCGAUCCCAGAAAUGUAAGGACAUCUGAUGCGCCGAUGAAAACCAACAAGCCCCAGCUUCAAAAACCUCAGGUCGCUGCUACUGCCAACCAGAGGCCGGAUAGCAGAAACUCGGUAAACUUCUCAUAUCCAACUGCCUUUCGUGCCCAGUCGCCACCCGCUUCCCCUAGCUCUGUUCAGCAACCUCAACUUCCCGGGCCGCCCACUCGCACGCCCGCCUCUCCACCAAGAUCGAAUAGGGCUUCCAUGUCUUCGAUCGGGAGCGGCAGGUCUGACCAGCAAAUGGUGUAUGACCGAAACUCUAGGAGGAUGGUUCCAAGGACAACGGUAGAUAAUGCCGAACAUUACGUCAGGGAGACGACGGAGAAACAGCCGAAAAAGAAAUAUGGUGGAAUUCAGAAAGAAGGUGGCCAGUUAACAAAAGGAACAGUUGCGAGAGUUAGGGGUACUGCCGUGGACGCCGAUGCGGGUGAGCGCGACUUACCAAAACGAGAACAACCGGUCGUCGAAGAGGCGCCGACGAAGGAAGAGUCGCAGCUGCUAGAGGAGCCCGCAGUGAAAGCUAUUAUCACAGGAUCAACAGGAAAAUCAACACAACACCAAGGGGAGCUUGACAGAAAUCAGUCAUUUCAGCCACAAGACCAACAGGAAUCCGGAAGUCCACCUCCAUCUCGGUCUACUCCCCACGAUCCGAGCACCAACUCUCCGGCCGGCCGCGUUUCGAUGCAGAAGGCUUCUGCCGGACAAGGGCCCAAGGAAAUAUCCGAGGAAGUUAAUGACAUCCCUCUCCCAUCACAAAAGGUUAUUGAUGCACUCGAUUCAGUACCAACUAGACAGUCUAUUUUUGAGCAACCUGAACAUGUCCAACUUCUCAUACAAGAAACGGAUGAGACAACUAAUCAGACUUCAUCCGAUAUCCAGCAUCCGAAACAAGCUCAAAAUCUUCUUGAUAAUUCAGCGGAGAAAAAAGCAUACGUCGCUGAAAACAAGCCGGUUCUUGAGCUAUCUAAAGAGGGGAGCAGUAUACGAAGAUCCAAUUCGAAUAGCCCGGCUCGUCAGGCCCAUUUUUCAGUAACUCCUUCAGACAGUCUCCCAGUGCGUCAUACUCCAUUGCCACGAUCGGCCUCUCCUAUCAAGUCGGCUCUCAAGCGUACCAGUCCGACACGUAGGGAAACGUCUCCGUCUGACAAAAGCUCAGAUAUGUCAGGGUCCCGUGGUGCUUCACCGCACCAGCAAGAUGAAGCUGCAGCCCAGCGUAAGAAGUCGGUCCGCGUUAGUUUCGAUGACCGAACGAUGGCCACGGUGGUAGGGGAGUCCGCUCCUACUGGAGAUACGGAUGAGUCCACUCCACCAAGUCCGCAGCAAACCAGGCGACCUUGGUACAGCAACAUUGGGCGAGGUAAGAGGAGGGAAUUCACUCUUGAGGAUGACGAAAUCAUGAAGCCACGUCCUGCGUUACCAAGCUUUGGCAGUAUUAGGGAGAAGAAAACGAAAGAAACCGGUGAGAGGCCACUUGUACGGCCUUAUGAGCCAGCCUCUUCAUCCGCGACGCCAUCCUCGCCGGAGGCCCGUCCGUCUACCUCCGGCGGCCUCGGCGAUACAGCAAAGCCCGAAGAGCUAUCUCUCGGACAAUCAAGCGACCAGGCCAUCGGUUCGGUUCUUUCACAAGCACAAACUUCCCGAAAUGCACCAAACAUUUCCAGAUUUAGAGAACCAUUACCACCAGUUGUGACUUCGGUCGAAGGCAGCGGUUACAUGUCAGAUAGUGUCGGAAGCUCUGAUUCUGACGACCUUCUUAAUAGUGUCACAGGCGCAAGCGACACAGAGGAGGUUCCUAGCACGCAAGCCACUCAAUUAGAGACUAGGGACAACUCGCAAAACAAUUCAGUUAUUCUUGAGAAGUCCGCAGAGUCCGAAGUAGCGCCAAAGACGGUUCAGGUACCGCCACAAGAAGUUCCACGAAUUGCCGUCAUCCAGCCUAGUCCGAAGGUUCCAGAGGAAGGCACUUCAACCGCAAAUCCAAUAGGAGAUCAAGACUUUGAUGUCCCAGGCGGGUUCCCAGCUGAUGGGUCAGAAGCUACCCAUGAUGCUCAGAAUACGUUGAACGAAACCAAAGAUGAGGCCAUCUUCGAGCCAAAAGCUGCAAUACAUCCUGUACAAACCGAAACGCUGCCUCAAACUACACUUUCUACAACAACUCCGCUGGAUACUGGAGACGAUGAGUCUACGGAUGACUCGCAUUCAAGUAUAUACAGUGAUGCAUACGAGGAUCUCUCUGAUAUAGACGGAGACGGUUUUAUGUCUUUAAAUGCUGUUGUUGAGAAGCCCAUUAACGAAGCUUCGCCGUCCCAACUUUCCGAGUUAUCACAGCAGCCGCAAGCCCAUAAACAACUUGAAGCUGCUACCAAAUCCUCGGAGUCACUGCGAGGUAAUGAUUGGGAACAGGCUAAGGCUUUUUGGCGUAGCUUAACAGCUGAGAAAAGGCUUCAGCUUGAGCGCGAAGCGAUGGAAGAGGCUGGUACGGAAGGCGAUGAGGAAGAUGUUCCACACCCUGUGAGGAGAAAUAGUAACAGGAAGAAAACCACACAGCAACAGCAACAGCAAACAACCACUGAAGUUAAGCCCGAGUCAUCGAAAGCGCUGGCGGAGCCUAUCGUACUCGUCAAGUCAGAGAAAGCUCAAAAGAGUCGGCCUCACUCACAGCCAAAUCCCGAGCCCGCCAAUACGCAAUCGACUUCAUCGCGAAUGCGCAUGUCCCUACGCGCAGACAAACCUGGGCAGGCAGAUGGGAUUCGGAAAACAAUGAGAUCUCAAUCUGAAACGGGCCAAGUCAAGCAACCUACCGCACGCCGAGCUACACAGCGUGAAACACCUGCAGCUACUUCGAAGCCAAGCCAACGUCAAAAUGCUACCGCUACUACUCAAAUAUCACCUACAAAUAGGGUGAGAAGCUCCUUGCCCGACGAUAAACCCCCUUUACAACGUCGCGGGUCAGACGCAAGCGACAGCAGCUUUAAACGCAGUCGCGCGGCACGCAAUGCGAGCUUCGGCUUUCGUAGUUCCAUGCGACCAUUAUCUUCUCGCCAAUCGCAAGAUGCACCAAGAGGCUCCGGACGCUUCAGCUUACGAUCGCUAUCCCCGACAGGUUCGUUUCAGCAGAGCUUAGCAAGCAAUGCCGGAGGUGGAACUUCGGCACCCGCGAUGCGUCGCACAUUACGAUCUGGCAGCGCGUCUAGUCAAGAGAGAACUCUCCCUUCUAUUCAUUUCCCAUCAUUUGGUCGUUCGAGCAAAAAUCCCACUGCGAAGCGCUCCAAGAGAUCGAGUCGUCUCGGCGACUCGAGUGAUGACGAUGAGGGCGGGAUCGUCGGUUUCCGGAGCCGCUUUGAGGAUUCGAGCGAUGAGGACAGCAUCCGUCCCAAUUCGUCUUCGCGGAAUCGUCCGCUCUCGAGAGGCAUUCUUCGACCUUCCACUGCUGGCGGCGCACCCGGCUUUAGGAAAUCUACACCCGUGCCAGAAGUAGACGAAGAUUCGCCAGACCUACCUGACAGCGAUGACGAGAUGCCCAGUCCCUUGCAGAGCCCGCGAGCCCGGCCCCCCAUUGGAGGCGCAUUCCAACGCUCGAGUUCAUCAGCGAUUGGGACCGCCGCAUUAACACGGUCGCGCUCCGGCCGAGGCAGUUUCAAUACGUCCGUAUCUCCGCCUGCCGUAUCAGGUAAAGAAAGGCGAAGCUCCCUAAUGGGAAUACUGAGGCGCAACAAGAAGGCAGACUCGGCAGGCAAGAUCCAGCGCGCGGAACCUACGGAAAGCGCGGCCAGACGUGACACCAGGCUAGAGCGAAGCAGCGAGCAGUUAAGGGGCCUCCGAGGCGAUCACCCGUCUAGUCCGAAGCUGCAGAAACGGAAUUCACUAAGACGAAACGACAGUUGGCCUCUAGGCGAACCUGGAGAGGGUGAAGGAGUGAAGCGAUCUAAUUCGGCGGGCAACCUACUCGACCAAAGCAUCGCGGGAUCGGCCGCCCAAAGGCCGGGUACCAGCGGCGGUGGACGGAGCACCAGUUUAGGACUCCCAACCGCGUACGAUGACGAACGAGACAACGUGACUGUGGACGGAUUAGGGCAGAGGAAGAAAAAGAAGUUCGGGGCGCUGCGCCGAAUGUUUCGGCUGGAUGAUUAGAGAGCAUCCUGCGCCGAAGAGAAGCAGCAGCAGCAGCAGCAGCGUAAUGUGUUGAUGAAGAAGAGGUGCCGUCGAGCCGAUUAGUUAUGGUGCGUCGGCUACAAUUGCGAAUCACAGCUUUCACUUUGUCGUUUUACCAGGGCCGCGGGAGUUGCGGGUCCGGCCAAGGGCUCGGAAAGGCCUCUGAGAGGGCAAUAAUUUCUAAAGUUGAUACCCAUUUUCUUGUGUGCGACG